AAAAGCAGCCGCUGUUUUAACUUUAAUUAUUAAAUUGACGCUUUUAAAGAUCUGUGGCACAUUUACAGUCACAUUAAGUCACAAUAUUAUUAUAAUUAUUCACAUUUUAAUGGAUAAAAGCUCAAACUUUGAUGUAAUGCAUCAUAUCUGUGUUAAUAAUGAUAAAUCUGACGUGUCUGAUGCAGAUUUAACUUCACAUUAAACUGACCGCCCCGUGCUCACAUCAUGCAGACGGGUUCACCUGUACCUGUCGCACCGUUACGCUGCACGUCUGUCAUUCAAAGCUUUGUCACGCACUUCUUCUUCUUCUUCCAUUGUCUGUCUGAAGGAAAUUCCCUCUGUGUAACAGGCUGGACCAGCUCUGACACAAACAACAACACGCAGUGAUCGGGCCGGGUCGCCCUCCGCUCCUUUAAACAUGAGUUACUGUGAGCGCUGGACCCGUCUGAGGCUCUCCUCGCCCGUCUGAGGCUAUAUAAGGCGACCCACCAUCAGCAUCGUGACGGAUGUUUGGCAUUCCUUCUUGGCGAAGGCGUUUCCUGUCAACAUCUCGUCUGUCCGGCCUGUUCCCUCUGCGUGUCACAGUUUUUUGGGUCGAGGCAGGAAGCAGAAGUGUUUACAGAUCCACAGAUUGAAUUUACAUGAGCCGUGUGUGAGCGGGGACGACGGGACCAUGCAAAUCUGAGAGCACGCGAUGACAUUUAGCUGUUUGCUCUCUGAGUCUAGACGUCCAGCUGAUGUUUGGGGUGUGACUGUGUUUACUCAGGCUGCACGUGAAGAAGAAGCUCGGCUGUGAUUUCACGCUUGUCUCCUCUCUCCCAGGCUCCUUCCCUCCUCUCCUCCCUCCUCCUGUGUGAUAUGACAUCGCUGCUCGGUUACAGCAGAGCUCGACGGCAGACGGCUGACGUCCAGUCAAGGUGCUGUUGAAGAGGAUGGCUGCUCAGGUGGAGGUUCAGCCCGGGGAGGUCGGGAGGACGGUGGUGGGAGGAGGACGCCUUCACCUGAGUCCCCUGACUGACUCCAGCAACAGCCUCAUCGAGAUCAACCAGUCCCACAUCAUCAAUCCAGAACCCAACAAACCAGCCCCGGGUCCCAAACCACGGCUCACUCCCAAACCCUUCGCCGUGGAGAGAAACACCACCAUUAAGCCCAUACUUGCCCCUAAACCCCAACCUAAACCCCGACCGGAGCCCACCCGCCUCGCUGGAUACAAACCAGAGCCUCCAAACAGUCCAAAACCACAGCAACCAGCCGGCAAACCCAAACCAGCAUCAACCAACCCCAGCCGACCUGCUUCUACCUCCUUUAAAACCUCCAACAAGUUGGUGUCUGGACAAACCACCAAGCUGGUAGUUCAGCCGUUUAAACCGGCGCCUUCUCUUGGAGACUCCAGCAAACCCGCCCCUCCUGAAAGGCAGAAACCCGGUCCAUCAAGCUUGGCCUACUCCAAGAGCCUCAAAAAGCUCCCAGCUGCAGAGUGGUCCGGAUCCACCAAACGGGAAGACAACAAGGACCAAGGGACCUCCAUCAAAGGAAGCGGCUCCAUCACCAGAGCAAAGUCCAUGGGUUUCCUCGCUCAGGUCGGACAGGAGGAAGAAGAAAAAGCUAAACCUGUACCGAUGCGGCCUCAGCCCAGAGGCUCCAGGCCCAGACCCGUGUCCGCCAUUUUCCUUGACAGUCCAACCAAGACGGAGACCCCAGUUCCCGCCCCUCGCUGGGCCAGGGGACGACCGCUAUCUGCUGAUCUCACGUCCAAGUUCGAAUCCAUUGGUCUUUCCCUGCACCGCAAAACUCCGACAGGUCCAGACGCUAAGGAGAACACUCCAGAGCCGCCAGAGAAAGACCCGGAGAAAACCCAGAAGAUGCCGCAAAGUCCUGUCGUCUCCGACCAAACUAACAAAAAGACAGACGAGCCGGACGAGGACACGCCAGCGGUCAGCAUCAAGUCCAGAAUCAGCCUCCUCCUCGACUCAUCUUCCUCUCCUGGAGGAGGAGGCGCCACAAGCCAAGCGUCCGAGCCUGAAGCCGAACCACCGGUGGGCGUCAAACAGCUCAUCAAGCAGCUGACGGAGGACACAACACCAACCCAGGCUCCUGUCGCCAAACCACCACUGAAGCCCCGCCCACUGCCGCUGGACCUGACUAAAAGGUUUUCAUCUGAGAGGUCGCCAGACCUUGGCAGCGAGGCGACAGACCGCCAUGACAUCAGCAGAGAUCCUCAGAGGAGGAGUGAAGAGUCAGUUUUCACCCCCAGCGACCAGAGGACGUUUGUGGAUCUGAGAGACUCCCAGGAGCAGCUCAGGAAGGCGCCUGAAGGGCCCGACGUGGGGCAGACGUUUGGCGCCUCUCCCAAGGAAAGUGUCCAAGGCAGCGAUGUGCAGACGGUGAGAGCAUCCCUGUUUGAAAAUGUCAUCGAGAGGCACAGCGUGCUCAUGGUGGACGACGGCAAGCCUGCAAACAAGGCCAAGGAUUCGCUCAGCAAAAGAGGAGGCAACGAGGACGAGGGGACUCUCGUCACCGCCACCUACAAAGAGCCGGUGUCUCCGUCGAGUCCCCUGCGGGUGGUGCACGCCUUCGACACGGUGCAGGCGGUGGAGGAGAACCGAGCGGUGAGCGAGAACAUCCCGUCAGCUCAGUGGGAGGAUAAGGCGAUGACGCUACGCUCGAGGCGCUCAGAAGGCGGCAGGCCGCCGGCACAAAGUGAACCCGCUGCGACGCCUGAACAGCAGCCUCGAUAUCUGAGAGUCGGAGCUUUGCAGAAGUGGAACAAGGAACAAGAGGGGAGUUUGGAGAAAGGGAUGCUGAAGGAGUCGCGAAGGGAAGAGCAGGAGGAAGCAGCUGCAGCGCCAAAACGUUUGAAGACGCUGCAGGCGGACGAACUGCCCAAACCGAGGGCGACCUACUUCGCUCUGACCGGACAAAUCCAGGAGCCGCUUUCUCUCAUCGACGCAAGCUUUGAUGAUUUCUCUGCAAGGUCUCAAGGGAAGAUCCUCAGACCGGCGCUGGAAGGACAGGCGGCCGAGGAGAUGAUGGAGGUGGAGAAGAAACGAGAGCAGAUGGAGAGACAGAAAGCGAAACUGAAAGAGUUCGAGAGGGAGAAACAGAGGCAGCUGGACAUGGAGAGGGAAGCACACUUCGAACAGAUGAAGGAGAGAGAAGUCCAGAGGGAGUUCGAAAGGCAACGACAGAAAGCCUUCGAGAAGGAGAAGCAGGAGCUCGAGGAGAAACAACGAGCGGCGGAGAGGCAGAAACAGAUGGAGCUCGAAAAAAAGAGAGAGUUGGAGAACGAGAGACGGCAGCUCGAGAAGGAGAAGCGACGAGAGGCUGAGAGACAGAGGAGACAAAGAGAGGAGGAGAGGCAGAGGGAGCUGGACAGGGAGCUGGAGAGGCUGAAGGAUCUGGAGAGGCUGAAGGAUCUGGAGAGGCUGAAGGAGAUGGAGAGGCUGAAGGAGAUGGAGAGGCUGAAGGAGCUGGAGAGGCAGAAGGAGCUGGAGAGGCUGAAGGAGCUGGAGAGGCUGAAGGAGCUGGAGAGGCUGAAGGAGAUGGAGAGGCAGCAGCUCUUGGAGUUUCAGAAACAGAAGCAGAAGGAGAGGGAGAGGCAGCAGAUCAUCGAGCUCGAGAAGCAACGACUCCGAGAGAAGAAGGAGAAGGAGGAGGCGGAGAAGAUCAAACAGAUAGCCUUGGAGCAGGAGAGGUUGAGGCUGAGAGAGCUGGAGAAAGAAAGGGUGGAGAGGGAGAAGCAGAAAGAGAUGGAGAGACAGAGGCAGAGGCAGCUCGACAUGGAGAACCAGAGGAUGAGGCAGCAGGAGAAGGAGCGCCAGAGGAAGGAGGAGGAGCUGGAGAGGAUGAAAGAGAUGGAGAGGCGACAGCUCCUCGAGUUUGAGAAGAUGAAGCAGGCGGAGAGGGAGCUGGAGAAACGACGGCUGAGGGAGAAGAUGGAGCGAGAGGAGGCGGAGAAGAUGAGGCUGAUCGCCAAACAGCAAGAAGAAGAGAGGCAGCAGAUCCAGGAGCUGGAGAAACGACGGCUGAGAGAGAAGAUGGAGCGAGAGGAGGCGGAGAAGAUGAGGCUGAUCGCCAAACAGCAGGAGGCAGAGAGGCAGAGGCUGAAGGAGAAACAGAAGAAGGAGGAGCAGGAGAGAGCACGGUUGGAGGCGUCCCCUCUCCGGCCUAAAGUGUUGGAUCUGGACUCGCUGCUCCGAAGCGAGCAGCUUUCCAAGCGUGGUGACCCCUCAACGCGAUGGAAGGAGCCGACGCUGAGACCAGACGAGUCCUACAAACCGGCCAUCCUCGACUUGGACUCCUUCACGUCUGCGGCUCAGCACUCGCCCAGUAAAGACUUGUUUCCCGUUUCUGGUAUUCAGGGUGUAGACGCUGCGUUUGGAGCCAGAUUUCAGCCUACGCCCGAGAGGGAUAUAACCUGGAAGCUGCCACCACAGACAGGUUUCACUAGCCCAGUAUGGACGACGUCUCCUCAGGACCCGUGGGAGCUCCGGCCUGUUGAGAUGUCCGUGGACAAACCUGCAGCCGAACCCAGAAAAGCUGCCAACAGACCGAGCCUGGAGCAGCUCCUCCUCAGGCAGGAGGAGCGGGCCCAGGCUCCACAGAGGCACCGGACCAGCUUUGUGGAUGAUCCACUUCUCUUGGCACCUUUUAUCGGAACGGAGGCCAAAACAGGAGGCUCACCUGCUGCUGCAGAGCAGAUCUGGAUCCCCAGAGAGCUUCAAGACAACAGGCUGGACGUCCAGAACCACAGGAGGUCACAGGGAUCUCAGGAGCUGAACAGGAUGCGCUCUCGCAGCGUGUCGCGGCGGUCGGCCCCUUCGAGCAGCGCCGUGGAGGGAAGCCUGUCCAGGAUGAGGAGCCGGAGCGCCCACAGAGAGCAGGACCGCCACAGCUGGGUGCAGCAGAAACAAAGUGAAGAUGAGGCGAGAGAGACAGACAGUCAGUAUGGGACGUGGGAGACAGGUCUGCGCACUGACGACAGUCUCACUCCGGCCACUCCGAGCUCCGAGAGUAACCUCAGCCCGUCACCGAGGAAGCCCACCUCGCCUCACACUCCAGGCGACCAGUUUGACUCCGACACUCUGGACGGCCUGCCGCCUUCGUCCUCAUCCGAGAGCCAGACGCUGCCGUUCCCCGAUGCGCCGGUCACUCUGUUGGACACCAGCGCUCUUCGCUCCAGAGCUCAGCUCGGGAAGAAACGAGCCCCACGGACUCGACCCUCCAGAGCCGCCCGACAGAACAUGUCAGCGCCGGCUGACGGAGACGGAGGGACCAAUGAGGACUGGCUUUACCGGGACUCCACAGAGGCGAAGGUGCAGAGCAAAGACAACGACUCGGACUCUGAGGAGCCGACCAGAGGAGCCGACGCCGGCCCGGCUGUCGCCUCUCAGCCACAGAGAAUCGCCCUGUUCCCCGGGAUGGACCCUUCAGCUUUAAAGGCUCAGCUGAAGAAGAGGGGCGACUCUGACAAUCAAACCGAAGGUCCGGCUCCGUCUCCUUCACAGCUGUCUCGCUCUCCCAAAUCACCCUUCCUUCCCCGGGCGGCGCGAGUGCUGCCCCCUGCUGGAGGGAAAGAAAACGGCGAGGAAGACUCCCCGCAGUGGCUGAAAGAGCUGAAGUCCAAGAAGCGCUUGAGUCAGUAUGAAAACGAGAGUUAAAUGAGGUUGCCUUAACAGAUGAAUCUUUACGAAACAGAAGCCUUAACGUUCGACCCAGAGGAGGAGGAGAGGUGACUCGACAGCUGCUGAUGUAUUUUUUUCUAUGCGUGUUUUUGUUUUCGUCCCGUCUGGGUUGAUAAAUGUGCAUGGUGCCUUUUUUUUUUUUAAUGGAGAGUCUUGAUCUUUUGGGGAUUUAAAAAAAAAAAAAACGAGGAGAAGGAGAAAAAAAAACAUCAGACUGCUCUGCUUUUUCAUUUCACGCUUAAAACCUGACGAAGCUCCUCCGCCACCAGGAGGCGCGUCACACGAACACUUCUUCUUUAGGGACCAGGAGGAGGAGGAGGAGGAAAAGGGAGAAUUAUUUCCUGUUGGGCUACAUUUCAGGAAAUGGUUAACUUUUGUGGGACCACAGCCGAUCCUCUACGAGAUCUUUAGUUUCCUUUUACUCGACUAAUCUGUACGAGUCGUUUAUUGUGUUAUCGGUCAGCGGGAGUCCCGAGCAUCGCCAUAGGGUAACAUUUCUAAUGGAACAUAGAGAACAAAUCAUGUUAGUUACUGUAACCAGGAGAUGUUAUAUUUGUAUGAUUGAUUUAACAAAGACAGAGAGCUAGUUUUGAAAACUUUACGACACUAGAUACGUUUUUUUUCUUUGAUACACUCCACAAACUGUAACAGUGUCACAGCUGCUGCAUCUGUCUGUCUUUGUAUCUUUGUGAGGGAGGGACAGGGGGACUCUGGGCCAAGUGACUUUGCAUCUGUCAAUCAUGAACACUUCUUAUCAGCACAAAUAUAUAAAACACUAUGAAACCAGUCCUUAAAGGAGCGCCGUGUAACUUUAACUCCUGUUGAUGCUACACUGUUAAGCGAGGGCAUAGAAGAAGAGCGAGCAAGAAGCCGCCGGACAAGAGUAAAUGUGGGACUGACUUUUAGUGGUUGGUGAGAGCUUGGUGAAAUAAAAGGCUGAAAGACAGACGCCGAGCUGGGCUGACUGCUGCUGGACUAGGCAGUGAUAUCAGCUGCUGCUGGGGACCUGGAUGAUGAUUUCGAUCAGAAAUCAGAAGUCAUGUAAUCAGAACGAAGUCAAUGUUGCUUUAACAGGUGGACUGGUCGCAGCUGUAAACAUCCAUUAUAAGCCAUACUGACGUCGUCUCACACACUCCUUCCAACGAAUGUGCAAUCUCCAUUUUGUCUUCAUGAACGUGCAUGCACAAUCUUUGCUGUCAGAGUGUUUCGCAGCUCCAGUGGACGGACGGUUCGAUCACUACAUCCCCCUUCUUGUAUAAAACUCUAAAACAUUUGCACCUGAACUGUAGAUCCUCGUGUUUUCCAUCCACUCCGCUCACUCUGCGCUUCUCUAAAGCACUUUGUCACUUGAUGCACUACAGCACUGACCUCUGCCCCCCUCUGGUCGGUCACGUCUCGUCUCCUGAACUUGUUGGACACAAUGCGAGUGAAUGUGUGGACCGAGUCUGCGGAGUGAUUGUCCCGGGUUUCUGUGUACAUGACAUUUGGACUUUGUCAUAAAGAUUUGAGGGUUUAUUUUUUAUGUCUUUCUUUUGUCCUUUUUUUAUUUGAAAGUAAAGAUGUAUAUUGCACUGUGUUGUUCUGGCCAGUGUCCUAAAGUGAAAACAUUCUUAAUAAAAUCUACUUGACUUGA